ACCCGAGUCUUAUGUACUGGCGGAUGAUGGUUCUGUAAGCGGACAGGUGCAGAUUCUAAUCGGAAACGACUACUACUUUAACAUUAUUUAUGAAACUAAGAUACAACUAGAUAGUAACUUGUUUCUAGUGGAUUCUGCCCUUGGAUGGAUAGUCAGUGGCAAGACGGAACCACAGCUUGAAGAGGAAUCAUAUGUAGUGACUUAUGCUCAAACUUGUAUUGAAACGAAGCUUCAUCAACCAGAUUCACCUCUUUGUGAUGGAGACAUUAAAAACCUUUGGGAAUUGGAAUGUAUAGGAAUUUGUGAUUCACCUAAAACAACAAGAGAAGAAGAAGCUAUUAAAAAUUUUAAUGAAACUACAGUAAAAAUUAACAAUAGAUACACGGUAAGCUGGCCAUGGAUAACUUAUCCGCCUGACUUACCUAAUAACUUUGGAAUCGCCUUUGGGCGUCUGUCAAGUUUACUGAAGCGCAUGGACCAAGAAACCUUAAUGUCAUACGACGAUACAUUUAAACAACAAUUAGCUAAGGGUAUAAUAGAAGUCGUACCCACAUCAGGAACGUCAACUGGUAACGCUAUUCACUACCUACCCUUCCAUGGAGUACGUCAUCGAGGAAAACCUAUGCGAAUCGUGUAUGAUGCUAGUUCCAAGAGUAACAAGAACACCAAGAGUCUGAACGAGUGCUUAUACAGAGGACCACUCAUGCUUGAAGACCUUACAGGGUUACUCAUCAAAUUCAGGACACAUCACAUAGGAUUGACGUCCGACAUAGAAAAGGCGUUUUUACAGAUGGCAUUACACGAGAAGGAUCGUGACGUUACCAGAUUCUUAUGGCUUAAAGAUACCUCUAAACCAGUAUCUCAGGAUAACCUACUUUACCUAAGAUUCUGCAGAGUUCCAUUCGGCGUGAUAUCUUCACCGUUUCUACUGAAUGCGACUAUUAAAGAACAUUUAAAUAAUGCAGAAGAUCAGCAUGUCAGGCAGAAAGCGAAUGACAUAUACGUAGACAACUUUGUUUCAGGCUGUAGUACUACAGCUGAAGCAAUAGAGCUUUACAAAAGUUUAAAAGGAUCUUUUCAAGAUAUUUCAAUGUCACUCAGGGAUUGGAGUUCUAACUCCGAAGAAUUCAUGAAGAUGGUCCCUGAUACAUGUAAAGAAAACAAGAUAAAAGUACUUGGCUUAGAGUGGGACAUAAAAAAGGACACCCUCCAGCUGAAGCCCAACCUCCAAGAGGAAGCAGUCACAAAAAGAGGAAUACUGAAGACUAUCGCAUCAAUUUAUGACCCGUGCGGUUACGCGGCACCUCAUACAUUAUCAGCUAAACUUUUUCUGCAAGGACUUUGGAAGGCCGGAGUAUCUUGGGACUCACCAUUAUCAAGCGAGCUAACAGAAGAGUGGAACAUCAUCCGACAGAACCUAGAAGUCAUAGGAAAGGUAUCGGUGGAUAGAUGUUACAUGAAGACACCAACGGAAGCGAAUUACCAACUGCACUGCUUCACAGAUGCUUCACUACAAGCCUACGCAGCAUCGGUGUUUCUAGUCUGUGGCUCGAAGAAAAGCUUUAUCAUGGGUAAAUCCCGUCUGAUACCAACCAAGGAUCAAGAUAACCUCAAGAUACCCCGUCUAGAACUUCUGGGAGUACUGAUAGGCUGUAGACUGAUGAAGUUCGUCCUUAAGUUUCUGCAACAGAAAAUAGUAAGACAAGUCUUAUGGACCGAUAGUCAGAUUGUCAUCGAAUGGUGUAAGUCUAACAAACUACUUCCUCCCUUCGUUGCCAGACGAGUAGAAGAAAUCAAGACAAACAAAGACCUGGAGAUAAGAUAUCUACCAUCAAGCUUGAACCCAGCAGAUGUAGGCACAAGACCCCUUCGUGCAGAGGAGGAUAAGGAGAAAUGGCUGAAUGGUCCGCAGUUUAUAACAGAAGAUCCACAGAAAUGGCCAACCACAUCCGGCAGUGAGCCAACCAGUUCUCUUCUGACAGGGGAGGGUCUUGGGUUCCAAGAAGACAUAGAGAUGGUCGAUAAAGAAGAUCCAGUUGUUAAUGUCAACCCGAUGAAAACGGAGGAAAUUAUAACACCAAAUGAAGUGAUAGGAAAUAAUCAGUCAACAGACGACAAGCUUCAUAAAUUAAAAGAAAUUCAAGCUAAAUAUUUUCCUCUAGAGGUAGAAGGAAAAGAAACCAAUCUAAGUCGAAACUUAGGAGUAUUCAAGGACAUUGAUGACCUAUUGAGAUGCAAAGGUCGUAUGAAAAACGCAAACUGGUCGUUCGACAAACGAUACCCUAUACUCAUACCAAAAGAGUCAGAUUUCACGAAGGAAAUUAUAAUGAAAACUCAUCAAGAGAACAAACAUGUAGGUGUCAGCCACACGCUUGAUAAAAUAAGAGAAAUGUAUUGGAUUCCUCAAGGAAGAAGUAAAGUCCAACGGAUAUUAAAGGGAUGCCCUGAAUGUAUGAAACAUGAUGGAGGACCUUAUAGACUACCAGAAACCCCUGCUCUUCCUAAAGAGAGAGUCAAUUACAGCUCUCCUUUUACGUACGUUGGAACAGUGUAAACAAACGUCACAUGAAGAAAGCGUAGAAGAAUCUGUACAGGUUCCUGACGUCCCACAUCCAACAAGAAGGGACGACGUGAUGAAAGAAUCCACUAACGACGUUCUUAAGACUUCUGAGCAGAAAUCUUAUCAAUUAACAGAAUUAAACGAGUCAGAAGAAAUACCGUCUGAUUCAGUCUUAUUAGAGCCUGCAUCUAGUCAGUUACACGAGCCUGAGCCUAAGUCCAUACCCGAACCAGACCCACUCGCAGUCAAAGACAUGACGUUCUGCGAGAACACUGAUCCUGAAACGCACCACCUAGAGAACAUCGCGUCGGCUGAACAUCACGACGAGUCCAGACCUAAGAGAGCAGCGGCGCUUCGUGCUCUUGAGAAGAUUAAGGAGUGGACCAGCAACUUAGUCUCAGUUUUGCUGCCUGUAGUGGGGAGUGUCGCGACCAACGCGAAACUAUAGAGCCCCAAGAAUAUUCCCCUGCGGCAACACUGGCGGCGCCCUCUGGGUGGAGCCAUAAUCACGGAGUGACAAUCAGCCGCCGUAACAUAAAAGCAAGCGAAGCAGAUCAGAGGCUCACCUGGCCCCGAGAAGGUUGGGACAGCGUGAGCGUGGAUGAGGAAUCAUCUAUAGAAAUGUCAGGUAUGUAUACCAUGCAUUCUGUUUGGUGGUCAGUAUAUAUAUUGACCACACACACACAAAUAAGUUGCCAUCCUUCUCCUUUACGGACUCGUAAAUGUACCGUAGGCGGCUAGGAGAGGGGUGGC